AUGGCGGAACCCGAAAAGCUCAGUCAGGAUGGGCAAGGCCUUCCGGCUGGCGCAGAGAAGUCUGCCGACCCAGUAGAGCCUGCUGCCCAGAAUGACGACAUUGAAGUCGGCAAGAUCCUCAGGCACGCUGACAAGAACGACGCCGAUGAGGCUCUCAAAGUGAUCCAAGGCGUUGAAGGCGAGACAAUCGUCCUUACACCCGAAGAGGAGAAGCGCCUGUUGCGCAAGAUUGACUGGAACAUGAUGCCCCUGCUGUGCCUGGUCUACGGGCUAAACUACCUGGACAAGACCACCGUCUCGUACGCCUCCAUCAUGGGCCUCAAGCGUCUUCCCCUGGCGAAAUGGUCCGCGGUGAAUGUCAUCAUGUGGGGGUUAAUUCUGGCCUGCAUGGCCGGGACCAAGGACUUCGCGACGGCCAUGACGGUCCGCGUCUUCCUGGGUGUGUUUGAGGCUGCGGUGAGCCCUGGCUUCGCGCUCUUCACGAGCCAGUGGUACACCAUCCGUGAGCAGGGGUCCCGUACGGGUAUCUGGUUCAGCUUCAACGGCUGGGGACAGAUCCUCGGCGGAUUUGUCGCGUACGGCAUUGCGGUGGGAACCAGAGCGCAUCCCGUCGCGAUCAAGUCGUGGCAGCUGCUGUUCCUCGUCAUCGGCCUGUUCACGUCUGCCAUUGGCGUCGUCUUCCUCUUCGUCAUGCCCGACAGCCAGCUGAACGCCCGGUUCCUGACCCCUCACGAGAGGGUGCUGGCCGUGGAGCGCAUCCGCGUCAACCAGCAGGGCGUGGGCAACAAACACUUCAAGUGGUACCAGUUCAAGGAGGCCCUGACUGACCCCAUGGUCUGGGGUCUGGCCUUUUACAGCCUCGUCGCCAACAUCCCCAAUGGUGGCAUUACCAACUACUUCUCGCAGCUCAUCGUGUCCUUUGGUUUCACUCCGGAGCAGUCGCUGCUGCUGGGCACUCCGGGUGGCGCCAUCGAGAUCAUCGCCCUCGUCCUCUGUGGCUGGCUGGGCGACAGGUACAGAAACAGACUGCUCAUCGGCACAUGGGGCCUCCUCCUCUCCAUCCUCGGCAUCCUGCUCAUCGCCUUCCUGCCCAAGAGCAUGCCCGUCGGCCGCCUCAUCGGCUUCUACUUCACGCAGGCGUCCCCGACGCCCUUCGUCGCGCUGCUGUCGCUCAUCUCGACCAACGUCGCCGGCUGGACCAAGAAGACGACCGUGGGCGCCAUCUACUUCAUCAGCUACUGCGUCGGCAACAUCAUCGGCCCGCAGGCCUUCCAGGACAAGGACAAGCCCGACUACCGGCCCGCGCAGAUCACCAUCAUCGUCUGCUGGUGCCUGGGCCUGCUGGACAUGCUCUUCAUCUACUUUUGGUGCCGGCGCGAGAACGCGCGCAAGGCCCGGGUCCGGGCCGAGCCCGGGUACCGCAAGAUCGACGGCCAGGAGUUCUACGACCUCACCGACCGGGAGAACCCCGAGUUUGUAUACAGCUUGUGA